AUGCAGUCCUCACCUGUACCAGCGCCACCGCCAAUUGUUACAACCAACGUGUAUGACAAGAGACCUGCCAACGACGUUCGAAGUGAAUUUAACGGUGUUAUUUCAUCAGCGUCACCACUGCCUAGCAACAUUUAUAACCAACGUGCGGUGGCUUCAACGAGCUCGGCUGUUCCAGUAUUUAACACACAACUAUCCACGUCAAUACGUCAGCAUAUCUUAUCGAGCGACCACCACCCUACACCUAAAUCAACGAGAACUCAAGGCAAUGCUGGCACGAAAGCUGCACAUACCAUAAGAACUGUAAACAUCGAUCGCCGUGCUGAGGACCAAUUGGUAUGGGUCUAUCUGACAGCCUUCCAUCCAACUACUUCGGAGAGCCAGAUCGCCGCACUGGUCAGCGAGUGCCUUGAGCUGCCGGACGUGUCACCGAAAGUGAUACAAUUGGUUCCAAAAGGGACGGACCUCAAUUCGCUCCGCUCCACGUUAGGCUAUAGACCAUCGGUUUGCCGUGUUGCUUUCGAAAUCAGUCAACGCCCUUCUGACGACGCAAGAUCCUCAACCUCCCCAGCUGAACCCAGUUAUUCUAACUCACUGCAAACGGUUGUGGAUACACCAGGACGCAAUGUGUACUGUGCUUCGGAAGCCCUGGAUCCACCCGACCCAGUCGAGCGAUUUGCUGGUUCCUGCAGUCGAAGUCGUCCUGGCCCUGCGGUCGAGGCUGGUGAAAGGGUUUUCCAGCCUGUGUUGACAGGCAAGUAUCUUAUUAUUCACGACGCUCCUUCUCUUGAUGCUUCGUCGAAUUGCAGCGGAAUACCACAGGUCAUUGGCGGAAUCUCUAUUCCCAACGUCGCUGAUGCCAACGGUUCAACUGUCCUCCUGUAUUACCAAAACCUUGGCGGAAUUAACACCUCGUUAGCGAAGUACGCGACUGCUUGCAGCGACGCCUGCUACGACAUCUACGCGUUUACUGAAACAUGGCUCAAUGACAACACUAUUUCAAGCCAGCUCUUCGAUAGUAAUUACGCCGUUUUCCGACAAGAUCGAUCACCCUCCAACAGCAACAAAAGGUCUGGUGGCGGAGUGUUGUUGGCUAUUCGUUCUCGCUAUAAGUCGCUGUUACUAUCCCCUCCCGAAAGCCUGACGGUUGAGCAAUUGUGGGUGUCGAUCGAAGCGGGCGACUCGACGCUCUACAUCUGUGUGGUGUAUAUUCCUCCGGAUCGUGUAAACGACAAUAUUCUUAUCGAAAUGCACUUGUCGUCGCUCGACUGGAUUAUCUCUCUUAUGGGCGCGAAGGACAGUUUGACAAUCCUUGGAGAUUUCAACUUACGUGAUGUGAGAUGGGAGCAGAACACCCAUGAUUUUUAUUUCCCUACAUCUGACUCAUCGACUGGACUCGCAUCCCGUAAUCUGUUGGAUGCUUAUUGCACUUCAAGACUCGGACAAAAGAGCGGAGUUAUGAAUCGUAACAACCGUAUGCUUGACCUCUGCUUUGUGGGUGAGGAAAUGUGUUCCAGUUGCUCCGUAAUACCAGCUCAUGCUCCGCUAGUGAAAAGUUGCAUACAUCAUCCCCCGUUGCUGGUCAGCAUUGAUAUUUGCGUACAAUGUGAUUACAAAGACACGACAGAGAGCAUAUACUACAACUUCGACAAAGCCAACUUCGACGAGAUGAACAAUUUCCUCUCAAACGUUAAUUGGAAUGAAGAAUUGGCCAAUCGCGACGUCAACGACGCGGCAUCAACGGUAUCGUGCAUCAUAAUCUAUGCCAUUGAUCAAUUUAUACCUGAGCGAACUAACCGUGUACCUCUUAAACCUGCAUGGUCGAACUCGGAGCUUAAGCGUUUGAAGACACGGAAAAGGGCAGCUCUUCGGGAACAUACCAAACUUCAUACCGAAUCCACGAAAACGCGUUAUUCCAAGGCUAAUUCGGAAUACAGACGAUUGAACGAUCAACUACAUCAAGCGCACCUAAGACAGCUCCAACGUCGUCUGAAAUCCAACCCUAAGAGGUUCUGGCAACACGUGAAUAGUCAAAGGAAGGAAACAGGGCUCCCCUCAACCAUGACUAACGGUGUAGUGAACGCUGCAACCAUUCCAGAUAUUGCAGAAUUAUUUCGUAAACAGUUCAGCAGCAUUUUCAGUAACGAACGAACAAACAGCCAGGACGUAGCAGCUGCAUCUCGCAACGUUCCUUUCUCAUCCUUCUCAAGUAGACCGUUUGCUAUUACGAGAGGAAUGGUUAUCUCAGCCGGCAGUCAACUCAACUGUUCGAGGGGUUCCGGUCCUGACGGUAUUCCGUCCUUGGUCCUGAAACGCUGCUUGAUUGCUCUAGCAACACCUCUAGCCAAUACCUUCAAUCUCUCCCUGAGGUCGGGUGACUUCCCAUCCUACUGGAAGGAAUCUUACGUUUUUCCGAUUCACAAAAAGGGUUGCAAAAGGACUGUAUCGAACUAUCGUGGAAUAGCCGCUUUAAGUGCUACGUCGAAACUUCUCGAGCUAAUUAUUCUCGAAGAAUUGGUUCAAAACUUCGCUCACUGCAUUUCGAUGGACCAGCAUGGUUUCAUGUCCAAGCGCUCAACGACUACCAAUUUAGUACAGUUCACUUCCUACAUCAUCCGUGAAAUUGAGCAAGGCCAUCAAGUAGAUGCUAUAUAUACAGACCUCUCUGCAGCAUUCGAUAAAAUGAAUCACGACAUUGCUUUGGCUAAGUAUGACAGGUUAGGUGUUCAGAACGACCUGCUUGCUUAG